UGAAUGUCCAAUAGGCAUGAAACGUCCGUUGCUACUUCCUUGUUGCUCAUGUGAUUUGUGUUUUGGUAUUUCGGGGAAGUCAUGGCCGGCAGGUACCCGAUAGUGGUCCAGGGCGAAGCGUCUGAAACAGACUCCGAUGAUGAAGUCUACAUCACCUCUCUGACUCCCUCGGUCGGAGCCAAGGUUCCAGGGGAGGCGUCUGAAACGGACAGCGAGGGCGAGCCGGAGCAGGCUCCUGCGAGCCAUGACAGCGCUCAGAUAUUAAAGAGAGACCUCCCUCCUCUUAUUGUAGUUAGAGACCACCCUGACAUGCACUCCAUAGUGGAAGACAGACCGAGCCCCUCACACAGGCCACACGGUGAGACCCUGUUACAACAAAAGCUGCAGGAGUCUAACAGCCGACUGUAUUCUGAUGUGGGACAGACACUACGACAAGUCUAUGGCAGUGCCAGCAGGGAGGUGCGCAGUGCAACAUCACAGCUGAAUGCAUCGCAGAGCGCCAUCAUCAACGCGUCCCACAGCAUCAGAUUAAUCCUGGACGACCUGAAGGCUGUUUCUGAAAAGAUUGACAUCAUCACCAGCUGUCAGAUAUUGCCUGAUAUAAACAUUAAUCAUUUAAAUAAUUAUACUGCUCCGGCACCUUAAAAAAUAACAAAAUAA